AUGGUAAGUCCGAGCAUGGGUAUAUGUGAUAAAAUCUGUAAAGUAUUGAUUAAGUUCCAAAUCUAUUUCAUUGACAACCCCAAAAAUAGCGAAAGCAUCAUGUUUGAGACGACUCCAGACAUUAAAGAUUAGUCAAGAAGAGUGAAUGUAGACUUUAUGGCCUUCAUCAGAGCUAAGUAUGUUAAUUUGAUUAUUUUACUUGAGUUGACUGCUUGUGGUGGUAUUUCUGAUGUUGUAUAAAAAAAUCAAUUACAGUUUAAUUUGAUUCUUUUAGAAAUCUAUCACCUCCCAGUUAAUUAUAGUACUGUUUAUCUUUUCUUGAUUCACUAAUUUGACAGAAAGAGCUCUGGAUACGUUACUAUACAUAUCUCUUUCAAUAGUUUGCAAUUGACAUCAUUCAAACUGCUUCUUACUUGCUCUUACGUGACUUCAGCUGGUUUAAUCAUCGUAAUAAACAAUGGCACUGAUCCUGCUAUUACUGAAUUUAUUAGGAUGUUUACCUAGUAUUUAUAGUAUCCUACCUUAGAUUAGUCAACUGAAUAGAUGGUUAAAAUAGUCCUAUCAAUGUUAGCUAUUUCAGAAUCUAUACUUUAAUCAGCUAUUUAAUUUGUUAUAUUGAAACUUAAUCGUGUUAAACAAAUUGAUUGCAAGCCGGUCAACAAUUAAGGUGGCCUAUUCAUUACUGUAAGAGAAAUAUUUGGGGUAGAUGUAUAAUUAGCAGUGUGUUAAAAAUAUGCAAUCGAGAAGCUGUAUACAAAUGAUAGACCAGAGAUUAUUUGUAUCAAAGGAUUAGCUGUCGUUAUUUGUGCAAUCCAAAUUAUUUCUUGA